CCGUGCGGAGCCUGCGCGGAGCCGGCGGGCCAUGGGCGGGCGGCGGUGAGCGGCGGCAGGGCCAUGCCGCCCCCCGAGCCCAUGCCCGGCUACGGGCAGCUCCUCCGGCGAGGUUACGGGAGCUUGGCGGCGGCCGUGCGGGGCUGCGGGGACUGCGGCUGGGAGCUGGCGCGGCGGAGCUGGGCCGAGAACGCUCACCUGGGCUGGGGCGAGGUGCUGCUGUGCGGGCUCUGCGCCCUGGGAUGGACCGCGCUGCGCCGCGCCGCCGCCCGCAGGGUCUUUCGGCCCUUCGGGGAGUGGUGCAAACUGCAGCCGAAAGAUGCUGCCAAGAUGCCUGAGAGUGCCUGGAAGCUGCUUUUCUACACGUUAUCCUGGUCGUAUGGCAUCUACCUGCUCUUCUUCACCGACUACCCCUUCUUCUAUGACCCACCAUCUGUCUUUUACGACUGGAAGAAGGGCAUGGACGUGCCCACGGACAUCGCCAUCGCCUACCUGUUGCAGUGCAGCUUCUACGGGCACUCCAUCUAUGCCACCGCCUACAUGGACACGUGGCGCAAGGACUCGGUGGUCAUGCUUCUGCACCACGUCGUCACGCUGACCCUCAUAGCCUUCUCCUAUGCUUUCAGGUACCACAACGUGGGCAUCCUUGUGCUUUUCCUGCACGACGUCAAUGACGUGCAGCUGGAAUUCACCAAGCUCAACGUCUACUUCAAGCACCGGGGGGGAGUCUAUCAUCGCCUCAACGACGUCAUCUCCAACAUCGGCUGCCUCACCUUCAGCGUCAGCUGGUUCUGGUUCCGUCUCUACUGGUUUCCCCUCAAGGUGCUCUACGCCACUUGCUACUCCAGCCUCCAGUCGGUCCCUAAUAUCCCCUUCUACUUCUUCUUCAAUGCUCUGCUCCUCGUCCUCACUCUGAUGAACAUCUACUGGUUUCUGUACAUCGUCCUGUUUGUGGCCAAGGUGCUGAUGGGGCAGAUGCAAGAGGUGAACGACGUGCGUGAGUACGACGUGGAGGACAGCAAGAAAACCACAACGGCCAAGAAGAAAGAGGCUGGACUCCAGCUGCCCAAUGCUCUGAAAGAAGGGAUGCACCUGAAGAACGGACUUGUAAAAGACAAGCGGUUGUAAGGGAAGCGUGGCUGCUGCAGCCUGGCUGCAUCCGGGGACUGACCCGGGACCCUACACUCAAACCCAGCAAAUGAAAGGCACAAGGAGAACUUCAUCCCCGAUACCCCUUCAUCCCCUGCCCGGCGCCGGGGAGGAGAUGCCACUGACAGGAUCAGGCCCCCCCCCACCCCCGGGGCUUGCCUGUGACCAGGCUUCACCUGAUGCUGAUGUGUUUUCUGUAACCAGUCCGUGCUGGUUCAGUUGAGAGGCUGGUGGCUUUGCUGGUCCAGGUAGGAUUUGGAGCUGGCUUUAGGUCCCCUGGUGUUUCUUCUGUCACGCCAUCCCUCGGCUAUUUCUCAGACCCAUUGCAAUUUCCCCUGUCUUUAUCUUUGGACCCUCCCGCCAACCAUUCCUCAGCAGCCCUGGAAGGGUCCUCUGACCCAGCAUCAAACUGGGGAGGGAAACGACCUCUCCUCCGUCGGCAUCGCUCUCCCAGGCAAAGGGAGCCCAAAGCCAGCUCUUCUCUAGCUGCCAAGCAGGGACUGGAGAGGUGAUGCAGCGCACCUCUGAGCCUUCCCCCUCGGGAGGGGUCACCAAUACGGAGCUGCCCACGUGUAUCUGGACGUACAGCACAGUUCCCAUGAGCAGGUCUGCCUGGAAACCCAGCCCUGGAGCAUCAUCCCAGCCUCCUGUCCUGCUGGAUGAGGGCCAGGAGAUUUAAUUUGCUUAAAAAGCCAAUGUAAGUCUUACAGUUGCUUAAAAAGCCAGUCCUAGUCCUGCAGGGUCCCCUGAUGAGGCAUCUCUAGACUCUCACCCAGUAAUGUCUGCUUGCUUGAGCGAAGAACAAAUAGUUUCUCCUCCCAGUGUUGGUUUUCCAGGCAGCCCCAGCCCCGAGCCUUGCCGGGUCCCCGAGGCCGGGCUCUAUGCCCUUGUGCCCGGUGGGUUUUACAGCCCCUCAGACCAAGAGUGUCCCUUUGCUCUCCCCUCGGGGGCCAGGACCCUCGGCUCCCAUGUGCUCCCUCCUGGGCAGGGACAACAGGCAGUGGAGGGGGAUCCAGGGCAUUAACCCCAGGUAUCAGAGGGUGGUUAAUUGUGGUUUUUUUAGGUUCUUUUUUUUUCUUUUUCUCCUUGUUUUUGGUCUGUCGUAUCGAUCCAACUCCAGGCUCAUUGUGUGAGCCACAGGGAAAGUUCCUCGGUAAACAGAAAGCAGAAUGUGGCUUGGGCUGAUGGAAACUGCCCCAAGCUGUGGCAGGAUCCGUCCCCUUCUCGCUCGCCAUCGCCUAGCAGGGUUUUGGAGGGGAGCGUCUCGGUGCUUUAGUUCCUUGCCUUUCAAGCAGGAUUUGCAGGAAGGAGGAAACGAAGGGAACCGAUAUCCCAGGCCUCUCUUCUGCUCCCUCAUAGCAGCGCUGGGGCGGCGCCGGUGCCGAGCUGGGGUAACAGUGAUACCUAGUCAGUGCAUAAACUGAGCUUUAUGGUACCGGCUUGCCCAGGCUUCAACAUUUAGCUGGAUAACUCGUCGGCCAGCGUUGUCUGUGUGUAUAACAUCAGGUGUGCUGCCUGCAGUUCUGCUGUGGGGGCUAGAAAGGGGCUGUGCAAGUGGG